AAGUAGUUCCUGUUUUUGUCUCAUCUCUCCACCUCAAGGGUCAAAAAGCAUUUUCUUAUGAAGUGGGUACCAAAUCAAACCCUACUCCACCUCACUGCAUGCUGUUAUUAUUAUUGACUGGGCAGGCUAGCUAUUUCCCUCCCAAAAGUUUAAAGAAAGAGAGCCUUAAUUACUCCGAAACAUGCGGGAACCUCUUGUGCUUCUUUUAGUUACUGGGGAGGGGCGCUGAGUGAUUUUUUACUCCAAACUUCACAGUCCUGAAUAUGGUUUUAGUACAUAAAUAAUAUCCUGCAUCUUACCAGCACCUGGGAAUUUAGUACAUAUUCAAGACUCUGCAAAAGGGUUUGUGUUAUUAACACUAGGAAACAAUGAAGAAAUCUCCUGUGUACCCAAAUUUCGAGACUAGUGAUUAUGAAGGUGGCUUUGAGUUUGAUCCUCAGGUGGAUUUUACACAGUUCUUGGAGGAAGCAAGACAGCAUGCAAGAGAAAUGAAUUUCCAGACAACAUCAGCACAACAGCCAGAAGAAGCUGGAAAAAGAACUGGUGAAGAAAAAAAGAGCAAGAAAUCAUGGAGAACUUCUCUGUUUAAGUGGUGGAAAGCUGACAACAAAAAGAGUGAGGCUAGCAAGGAACCAGAAAAUAGCUCCCGCAUUUCAAAUCCAAGAAAGGGUCAUGUUUCUGGUCCAAUUUAUGGGAGCGGCGGCCUAGCCGUGGAGUCGAAGCACCGGCGGCAGACAUCUGGACCCCUUACUAACCUUUUCAACUCCACAAAGAGAACAGGCAAUGAGAUACCAUACAUGUGUCUUGAUCAGCUUAGUAGCCCUCAUGGUGCCAAAGCCUAUGGACCUGUUUACCUGGUGACAUAAUUUCCAUGGCCAAGAAAAGGUUGUUCUACUUGAGAAUGGAGAAUUAUAGUGGCAAGAAAGUGCACGAGAUCAUUUGAAUUUGCAGAAACAAUCUGUAAUCAUCUUAUUUGAUGGAAAGAUCUUGAACUGAGGCAUAGCUUUAUUCCUGUUCUUGUUGUUUACUUAGUUAUAUCUAAGUUGAGAGUACCUAUUGUAAGUAGACUUAUGAAAUUUCCGAAGUUCUCGGUGCACUUUUCUUGUUUGGAUAUGCAUAAGCAUAAUAACAUGUAAUCAGUUUGUCAUUUCGAAAGCAACCAAAAAAGAAUGUCGGUAUGCAUUACUUUCCUUCA